UUUUGCGUCAGUGCUGUAAAGCGCACAAGUACCAUUUUGAGUCUCCGAUUUUGACACUUCCGCCGGUCGCAGCUGUCAAAAUUCUUUCUUUUCGUUGUUUUUACGACGGUAGUUUGGUCCCGCACGCCCAUUCAAAAUGAAAUUGAACCAGUUCGUGUCAUCGUCCCGCAGGAAGAACCGCAAGCGUCACUUCCAGGCUCCCUCACACAUCCGCCGUCGUCUGAUGUCCGCCCCUCUGUCCAAGGAGCUGCGUCAGAAGUACAACGUGCGCUCGAUGCCCAUUCGUCGUGACGAUGAGGUUCAGGUGAUCCGUGGCCACUACAAAGGCAACCAGGUCGGCAAAGUCGUCCAGGCCUACCGCAAGAAGUUCGUCGUCUACGUCGAGAAGAUCCAGCGUGAGAACGCUAAUGGCACCAACGUCUAUGUGGGCAUCCAUCCCAGCAAGGUGUUGAUUGUUAAGCUCAAGCUCGACAAGGAUCGCAAGGCCAUUCUGGAGCGUCGCAGCAAGGGACGUUUGGCUGCUCUGGGCAAGGACAAGGGCAAAUACACCGAGGAGACCGCUGCCCAGCCCAUGGAGACCGCGUAAAAGCUUUGCAGCAGCAACAAUAACAAUGAUAAACAGUAACUGCAGCAGCAAACAACAACAAAAACAACAUUCAAUGCCAACGUCUCUGUUUACAUUUUUACCGUGACGCUUAGUGUAAUGAGAAAACAAAAAAGUGUGAAGUGAGAAAAUCUCGCAAUUCUUUUAUAAUAAAGAAGAGUUACAUUUUCCCAAAAAAAUUGUAAAUUUAAA